GUAACCAAAUACAGUUUGGUUCGAUUCAGGUUAGUCAUAGGGUAUUAAAUUAAUACUCGACUUUCGAUUUAUAAAUCUAUUGUGUUAUAUACACAAAUAGACUUUGAUCGAAGAAAAUAUAAAAAAUGGACUUUCAUUAUAGAUGGAAAGUAAUCUUUUAAUUUAAAAUGGAACCAUUUUAUUUUGCAAGUAUCAACUUUGUUAUUUAUUGUUCUUUAAUAAUGCAAACAUUUUUUUAAAAAAAAAUUGCAAUGAAAUAAAAUAAUUAAUUUAAUUGAAAGCCAAAAAGUAUUCAAAACAUUUCUUUGAAAACCUAAUAAAUAUUCUCAAACAAUUAACAAAAACUUAGUCCAAACUGCAAACAAUCACUAAUUAGUAGUCUUAUCAUGUAUGGUAAAGAUUUAAAUAAACUCAUAAAAGUUUAUUCAAAACUUCCAGAUAAUUUAUUACUUGUAUUUAUGGUAGAUGGUUGAAUAAGGAUAUUGUAUUAAUAUGGUAAUAAAAUUAAACAAAGCAGUAUAAUUAUGGUAGAGCUAAAAUUUAAACCACAUAUGCUAUAUAUAUCUAAGUAACUUAGUCAAGAUUUCUUAUGCAUCUUUUCAACUAACUAAAUAUAACUGGGAUUCAAGAGAGCAUUCAAUAAAGAAUUUCUAUCCAUUUUUAAGAUACACAUUCAAAUUUUAUGAUAAAUCUAAUUACUAGUGAUAUUAUUACAUAUCAGAUUUUUUAUAUUGCAUCACUAUCAUAGAAUAUAUUAAUCUUUGUCAUAAUAUGCUUAGUUUUGAAAUUAUAUUGAUUUACUUAUAAGAUAUAAUACAUAUUCCCAAUUUGAUAUUUUGAAAGUUCUUUAAAUAGAAAAAUUAUAAUCGUUAAAGGCAUGUAAUUAUAUGUUUUAGAACAGUGUUUGUCCAUUUAUGUCGUGUUGCAUAAAUUUAAAUUUCAUUUUUCUAGUGGCUCACAUUAUUGUAUAGACUAAGGAAAUAAUUUUUCUUAAUCUCUUGAAAUAUUAAAUUUUCAAAGCAUUAAAUUAUAUAGAAGCAUUAAUUAAUUAUUUGCUUGCAAUUUUUGAGUUUAUAUUAGUUAAUGCAAUUUUUGUUUGAUUUCCCAGUUUAUAUAACAUAAUCUCAUUAUUGUUUGUUUAAAUAAAUUUUGGGAGUUCAAAUACUUAAAAUUGUUUGUAAUUAUAUGUUGUAAAAAAAUUCUGUUAGAUUCUUGGAAUUGAAUGUUGUUAUUCAUAGUAUUAUUUUUGAAUUUACAGGAAUUGAUGUCAAAAGAGAUGGCUAAAAUAAAUCGAAAUGUGCUAACGGUAAGAGAAGACCAGGCUCCUAAAAUUGGAGCAAGCUUGAGCCAAUCUGAACCAAGGAAGAUUUCAAUGGUUGGCAUUAAACCUCACAUACCUGACUUAAAUGUGAAACCUUGUUCUGAUUCCAACGAGGAAGAAAAAGGAGAAAUUGGAAAAGCAUUUCAGAAUCUUGCAGGUUUAAAAACUCAUGAUGCCUGUUAUGUUGAUCAUAAGCUUUUGUACGAGCUUAAGGUCGAGAUCAUUGCUCGUCUACCAUGCUUUGAAUACUGGAAACUGCAGUUUCUUAACAAGAAAUUCUUGCAGUUAUUAAAGAGCUGUGAAAUUUUCAGGGUGAGACAAGAAAGAGGACUUGUGAAACCCUAUGUGAUUUUGCAUUCAGGAGCUGUAUCUAAUUGGGAAAUGUUUGAUAAGGAUUUUAAAACCUUUCGGAGACUUCCUAAAAUUCCUUUUUCUGACUAUUGCUUUUUCUACAGCGGUAAGGAAACAGUUAGUGUGGGUACUCAACUAAUUGUCAUAGGGAAAGAAAGAGAUGAAAUUGUGGUGUUUCGUUAUGAGCUAGAGAAUCAUAAGUGGUUCAAAGGUCCUUCAAUGAUCACACCGAGGGCCAUGUACGGUUCUGCGAGCCAUGGUAAAACCGCAUUUUUUGCAGGAGGCAUUAAAAUGGAUGAAAAUGGAAACCAUGUUGUUGUGCAAACUGUAGAAAAGUAUAAUGCUGAUACAAAAAGGUGGACUAUGAUUAAUGGAAUGCAUAAAGCAAGGAAGUUCAGCUCAGGAUGUUUCUUGCGUGGAAAAUUUUAUGUCCUCGGUGGCCGAGAUGAUAAUGAUAAACACCUCACUUGUAGAGAAAGUUAUGAUGAGACGACAGAUUCUUGGGAGUUGAUACUUGACAUGCUAAAAGACAUGACAGUCAUUGCGCAUUUCCAAUCUCCGCCCCUUAUUGCUGUGGUUGAUGACAAUCUAUACAUGUUAGAAACAUCUUUGAACGAGCUUCGGGUAUAUGAUAUAAACACAAAUAUUUGGAAGAAAGUUGGUGUUGUCCCUGUGAGCGCAAACGCUGCCUUCGGUUGGGGGAUUGCGUUUAAAUCGAUGGGAGACAGACUUCUGGUGAUUGGAACUUCUCACUCUUGGCAUAGGAAGAGAGUAGUUCACUCAUGCUGUCCUUCUCCAGACGUGGAAGAGCAGCACUGAGAAGAAAUAAGACAUUGGUGUGUUGGUGCUGAGCUCCCACAGUUUAUUCAUAACUGUUGUGUGAUGUUUGCUUAAAGUUUUUUCCAAGGAAAGCUUGGAAACUUAUUUGUUUUUGCAUUUGUGCUUAAAGUUGUUGCUUUUGGUUUUAAGUUGUUUGGUUUGUGUUUUUCUGAAUUUUUUGUUUUUCAUUUAGGAAAAAAAUGUUGUUGUUUUUCGUUUGUUUUAAGUGCUUAUGUUUGUGAAAAAAAUACUAAUGUUGUCUAUGUAAUGGUUAUUUAUUUAUUUUGGUUUUGUUUUUUCCCUCUUCAGCCAUAAAUGUCAUGUUCAGUUAAAAUCGCUAUCUGGUUUCAGUUUAUUUUCCAAAAUUUUAGGUUUGUAAAAGUUAUAACACAUUAAAAUCGUAUCUUAAUUUAUUUUUUUAGUUCGGAUAACUAGAGUUUUAAGGUCAUUUGGCUUUUCAACCAUAAACCAUGGCUGUAUCUAUUUUUAUUUAAAAAUUCCUUAUUUGAUUUUAUAUGGUUACAUAAUGGAUUUUCUAUAAGAUUUUACUAAAACAGGGAAUAAAUUAAUUUAGUUUUGGUAAUUUUCAUAUAUCAUUUUAUCGUAUUUUGUGUGAACCCAAUAUUUAUUAUUUACACAGAGGUGCGAAAAAAUAAUGGAGUUGCAAAUAGAUAGAAAUAAAAGAACAACAUUUAUAAAUAUGUGCAUAUUUAUCUACAAAUAAUAAUAAGGAUAAGGUUGUUAUUUCUUAAUAUUAUUACAUGUCAGUUCGAUAUUAGCGGCUUGAUCUCUGUAACUAUUUAUUAAAUCAUCCCUAUUUCAAAACUCUUUAUUGUUUAUCCAAGAUCAAUGAUUUGAGUUCGCAAUAUUUUUUUCAUUGAAGCCGAUUUAAAGAACUCUCUGAAGCUAUAGGAGCAUCAAUUUUUUCUUCUGGAAAGUGAACAUUGUAAGCUACUUAAAAGGUACCGGAGAAACAAUAAAUAUCCGUUGCAUUGUAACAUAAGUUCAUUUCUUUAUAUACUCUUAGAGUAACCAAAUACAGUUUGGUUCGAAUCAGGUUAGUCAUAGGGUAUUAAAUUAAUACUCGACUUUCGAUUUAUAAAUCUAUUGUGUUAUAUACACAAAUAGACUUUGAUCGAAGAAAAUAUAAAAAAUGGACUUUCAUUAUAGAUGGAAAGUAAUCUUUUAAUUUAAAAUGGAACCAUUUUAUUUUGCAAGUAUCAACUUUGUUAUUUAUUAUUCUUUAAUAACGCAAACAUUUUUUAAAAAAAAAAUUGCAAUGAAAUAAAAUAAUUAAUUUAAUUGAAAGCCAAAAAGCAUUCAAAACAUUUCUUUGAAAACCUAAUAAAUAUUCUCAAACAAUUAACAAAAACUUAGUCCAAACUGCAAACAAUCACUAAUUAGUAGUCUUAUCGUGUAUGGUAAAGAUUUAAAUAAACUCAUAAAAGUUUAUUCAAAACUUCCAGAUAAUUUAUUACUUGUAUUUAUGGUAGAUGGUUGAAUAAGGAUAUUGUAUUAAUAUGGUAAUAAAAUUAAACAAAGCAGUAUAAAUAUGGUAGAGCUAAAAUUUAAAACACAUAUGCUAUAUAUAUCUGAGUAACUUAGUCAAGAUUUCUUAUGCAUCUUUUCAACUAACUAAAUAUAACUGGGAUUCAAGAGAGCAUUCAAUAAAGAAUUUCUAUCCAUUUUUAAGGUACACAUUCAAAUUUUAUGAUAAAUCUAAUCACUAGUGAUAUUAUUACAUAUCAGAUUUUUUAUAUUGCAUCACUAUCAUAGAAUAUAUUAAUCUUUGUCAUAAUAUGCUUAGUUUUGAAAUUAUAUUGAUUUACUUAUAAGAUAUAAUACAUAUUCCCAAUUUGAUAUUUUGAAAGUUCUUUAAAUAGAAAAAUUAUAAUCGUUAAAGGCAUGUAAUUAUAUG